AUGCCUGUCAAUACAGUCGCGGAGAAUGUCCUUGGUACGAUCGGCGCCAUUUGCUGGACUGUCCAGUUAGUUCCGCAAAUAUGGAAGAGCUGGCGGACCAAGUCGACUGAGGGCCUCUCCGACUGGUUCAUAUUGAUGUGGAGCAUCGGGGCGGUGUUCCUCGGGGUCUAG